AUUCCCACCUCUCCUUCCACACUUUUUUUAAACAAGGAUAAGAAAAGUGCUUUCCUUCCUUCCUUUUGUUAUCCAUCGUAUUUCCCUCUCCUUAGGUCUUUCUCCAUUUUCUUCUUCACUGAAUGACCAAGAAAUCUCCUUUCGAACAUUGAAUUACAAAAACACAAGAGAUAUGCCACUCUCUGCUAUAAAUCAAUUUUGCUAUCCCACCCCAUCGCUUGUCAAGACCAAAACCCCCACUUCUUUAAAAUGCAGUUUCCUCUCAAAAAGCCCACCUUUUCCCCUCACAAAAACAACCCCUUUAACCCUCAACAGAAACCAAAAGUUCAGCCUUUCCAUUGUGGCAAUGAGCAUGGAAGCUGGGGUUGGUGUUAUGGGAACUAAACUUGGAAUGAUGACUUACUUUGAUCCUAAUGGGAAAGUGGUUCCAGUUACCGUGGUUGGUUUUAGAGAAGGAAAUAUCGUGACCCAAAUUAAGACUGAUGCUACUGAUGGGUAUGAUGCAGUUCAAGUUGGGUAUAGGAGGGUUAGGGAUAAAAAGCUGACUAAGCCUGAAAUGGGUCAUUUGGAGAAGGCUGGAGUUAUACCUAUGAGGCAUUUGCAGGAGUUUAGGCUACAAGGUCUUGAUGGGUUUGAGGUUGGACAGAAGUUGUUGUUUGAGGAGCUCUUCAAGGAGGGUGAUCUUGUUGAUGUCUCCGGGACAACCAUUGGCAAGGGUUUUCAAGGUGGUAUUAAGCGUCACAAUUUCAAAAGGGGUCCGAUGUCCCAUGGUUCCAAGAGUCAUAGAGCUUUGGGAUCCAUUGGUGCCGGAACAACACCAGGUCGUGUAUACAAGGGGAAGAAGAUGCCUGGCAGGAUGGGUGGGACCAAGACAAAGAUCAGAAAGCUCAAGAUUGUAAAGAUUGAUAAUGAUCUUCGUGUUGUGAUGAUCAAAGGUGCCCUCCCUGGUAAGCCAGGGAACCUUCUACGAAUUGCACCAGCUAAGAUUGUUGGUAAAAACAUACCAAAGAGUUAGCUCUCCCUGUAAUUUUUCGUUAAUGCAUUGCCAAUGACAGAAGCCAAUGCAACUUUCUUUUGCCUGUUAACAUCAUUCGGUGCUUCCUUGGGUAUGUGCUUUGAAUUCACAAUUUUGAAACGCCUCAGGGAAGGAUGUUUCCUGACUAUCAACGCUAUUUUGAGAUGAUAA